AUGCCGACGCGGCUUUCGACACCGGCGAAUCGAAGCUUGGAGACCGCUGACGCUGAGCCACUUGUUCUUCUCCGGCGACCGAUCCACAGUGGAUCAUUACUCCGUAGAGGAGUAACAACGUCCGCCGUAGGAGAUAGCGAUGGAUUCAAAGCCUCAAAGCUUCUUCUCCAGCGACAGAUCGACAAAGGAUCUUCGCUUCGCAGAGGAGCAAGUUCGCCUUUCAAUCCGAGCGCAGUGCUCUUCCAAUCAAGCAUAGACGGCAGUUCACGGAGCAUAUCCGUGGAGAUUUCGAGCAAAGUGCACGUUAAUCCUCAGUUUUCCGUCUUCAAUCGUACUCCAUGGAGCAGAUCCGUGAAGAGAUUGAGCGCAGAGCUCAUUAAUCCUCUAAGCGCAGAGCUUGUAGUCGUUGUAUCGUCGCCGCAGCGGCGAACAAGGAAGAAGAAGCAGCUGCUGACUCUGAUUCGCGACUUUGCUGCUGAAAAAUCGCAAGGAGAGCGAAGAGUCUCGGAUCUGAAGAACCGAGUUGGAGAGCUUCGAUCCGAGAUCGAGAUUGCAACUGCAAACAUCGAAGAAGCAAUGAAGCGGAAGAACGGUCCAACAGCGGCGAUUAAGUGCCUCCACGAUUCCGAUUCCUUCGUCGACGUCAACUUCGUCGGCGAUGUGUGUCUCAAGGUGCGCAAGGCGGAGGUGGUGCUGCGCGAGGAGUCUCCCAACGAAGUUCGAGCCGGUUACGAGGAGUUUAAGACCAACGUCCACGCAUUGUUCCUGGCUGUGCGUAACAGCAAUGUCGCACUCGUGAGGAAACUACUGAGUAUUGGAGCAGAUGUGAACCAAAAACUUUUCAAGGGAUAUUCUACUACAAUAGCUGUGAGGGAUACCCCUGGGGACAAAAGAAGUUUGUUUGAUCAUGUCACUUGCAACAUAUCAGCUUCAGUGGAUGAUGUGAACAUUCCUGGUGCUCUUGCUCUAGAUGUGAUUGAGCAGGCUGAAGUGGAAGUUGAAAGACUUGAUCAGUUGAAAGCUAGCAAGAUGAAGGAGAUUGUUUUUAAAAGGCAAACUGAGCUCGAAGAAAUUUUUUCCCUUGCUCACAUUGAGAUUGAUAGAUACCGAAGCUGCUAG